AUGCCGCCUCUCGGCAUCCCAUCCUUCUCCCAGAUGAAUCUCCGUGACUCUUCCACCGCCUCCCACAGCAUUCUCGAUGUAGGAGAGCUGGAGCUGCUCCUCGAGACGCCGGAUCCCCGGCAUCACGCGCUCCAGAAUCAGGCCUAUCUUCCCAAGAUCAUCGUCGUGAUUGGGCUCAGCAUUGCCCAACUCUCGAUCCUGAUGCUCCCGGCGGACGUCGCGAAUCGCCAUUCCUGCGAGAAGAAUCUCUACGUCGGGGCGUGUAAGCUCACUCUCCCGAUGAAGCAGCUGUGGUGGGCGGUUUACAUCAUCGACACUGUGCUCGUCAUUCCUUUCGCGAUCUUCUUCUACGAGAGCGACCAGGAGAAGACUGUGACACAAAGGGUAAAGAACGCUCUCUUGUGGGUGGUGAUACUCCUCACAGUCCUCUGCCUCCUCUUGGGAAUUCUCUAUGCUGUUAUCGGCUAUGCUGAUUUCACCGUGAGACGUCUUUCAUCCACGACGUUGGCGUUCACCAAUGAUUUUAGCUCGCUCAAUGCAAAGGUUCCGUGCUUGUUUUCGGCUAGUUUCUCAUUGUCUUCUAAUUGUGCAGCUUAUACGUCUGGAUCUCUGGUUAAAACUACGUGGUCUGUGCGUGCGCCCUUCCCGACUUACGUGAUCGCAUUAAACACAAUAAUAGGAUCAAUACUCUUCACAAUGUUUGGAGGUGUUGGAAUGGCAACAUUACCAGUGAGCCUCAUAUUUGCGUUCAAGAAUAGGCCCAAGUGUGUUAUUACUCGUGCUCAAUACGUAAAGGAGGCGACUGAUCUAGCCAAGCGCUCUAACGAGCUAAAAACGGCGACUUUGGGCCUCCAACGCGAAGAGAGAGGUGAGAAGAAAGGACGGAUGUUUCGAAAAAAUGUGAAGAAAGUCCAGUGUAGCUCGAUUCAGGAGCUUUUCUUUUUGGAAGAUGAUGUUGAAGCUUUGAACGAGGCAUUCCCACAGGGACAGAAGGAAGACACAUCCUGGGCUCUUACAGUUCUUUUCUACUUAGCCAAGCUUGUUUUUGGCAUUCUCGGAUUGGCUUUGUCUAUAAUUUGGCUUCUCCACAUCCUUGUUUUCAUGCUUGUCAAUCCUCCAGCUUUUCCGUUUCUGAACCAAGUCUUUAUUCAGCUUGACAGUGCCGGGGGCUUGCUAGGAACUACCGCCUUUGCAAUUUUUUGCUACUACCUCGUCAUGUCUGUCAUAUCUGGAGAGAUGCAUCUGGGAAUGAGGCUUCUGUUUCUUUCCAUUCAUCCAAUGAAGUACCAAGGCACGCUCAUGAACUCGUUUUCUUUUCAUCCAUGUUUACACGUGGACGUUUGCCCGAAUAAGCCCAUUCUGGGUCUAUCCGAUUCCUUUCUCCGAAAGAUGCCCUUCCUGGGCAAAUGCGUGAAUUGA